CCCCCCCCUCUCUCUAAGUUUGUCUUGUAAAACCCUAAAAGAAAGCCACAAACUUUACCACAUGAAGAACAUAUAUUCCAACAUCUUGCUUCUUGUGACUAUAGUUUUCUUGGUACUUAACCUUGGUGAAAGUCUCCAUCCUCAUCAUUUUACAAAUAAUCGAGGACAAGGCGGUCUUAGUCGAUCCCAAAGUCAAGAACAUCCUAAGAAAGGAGAACGCGUAGAGCUUGGGAUGGAUCUAUACCCGACAGGAUCAAGCAUACCCGAUUGUUCACACGCGUGCGGACCAUGUUCUCCUUGUAGGAGAGUGAUGAUAAGUUUCAAGUGUUCCAUGACUGAAUCAUGUCCAGUGGUCUAUAGAUGUACUUGCAGGGGUAGAUACUAUCAUGUUCCAUCUAAUUGAUCACUCUUCAUGGAUACAAACUUGGACAGUUAAUUGGACUUUGAUGGGAGAUUUGUUGAAUUAAUAUAGUUGUUAAAUUAGAAGAUUAAUUUAGAACAUUUUGGAACUAAGUUUUGUGGAUAGGAUCUUUGAGAUUGUAACUUUUGUCACUAAGUUAGCUAUUUUAGUUUCUUGUUAUUUCAUAGUUUUUUUUUAUCAAUUAGGUAUUGUGACUUUAGUUUUGCUCAUUGGUAUAAUAUUUCAGUUAUUUCAAACUA